GACUGAUGGGAGGAAAGGUUAGAGAUCGGACGGGAGCAGAUGAGGGAAACCUGAUGUCAGCUGGAGUUAACUAGGUACACACAAAAUGUUUAAAGCUGGAUAGCUUAAUAUAUGAAUCCAUAUAAAUCGCCUGCCGGAGAGAACGAGUCUAGAAAAACAAAUGCGAUAAGGCUAGUACCUCCAUUGUUUAUUUGGACUUGAGCCAGCCGACAAUACGAUAGCCAACGUUAGCUAGCUUACUAGCUAGCUAUGUCGUGCAUUGUUUUGUUAGUUAGAUAGCUAGCUAGCUAACUGGUGCUAGCUAGAACAGAUAUAAGCAGUGUUUCCCCUAAGCCAAAACUGGGAAUACAACUGCCAGUUAUGUGUAUAUGUUUCUUUCUGGAAGAUGGAUGAAAAGUCCACCAACAACCACCGCCUCAUAAUUGCCCUAUUGAUGGUGUUCCUCUUUGGUGUGAUAGUGCUUCAGUAUGUUUGCCCUACCUCCGACUGUCAGCUGUUGCACCUAGGGUCAUUGUUUUCAAAGUCCGGGGACAAUACUGUUCGAUCCCAGACAGAAGAACACGGAAUUGGGAAUGGACCCGGAGUAAAGGACCCGUACGUAGCCGAGGACGGUGCCCUGGCACGUUUUGUUCCCAGGUUUAAUUUCACAAUUGCUGACCUUAACCGUGCAGUGGAUUUUAACAUCAAAGGUGACGAUGUCAUAGUGUUUCUUCACAUCCAAAAGACAGGGGGUACAACGUUUGGACGUCACUUAGUGCGUAAUAUUCAACUCGAGAGGCCUUGUGAGUGUCAUGCUGGCCAAAAGAAAUGCACUUGUUACCGUCCAGGUAAAAAGGAAACAUGGCUUUUCUCACGGUUCUCCACCGGUUGGAGCUGUGGUCUUCAUGCGGAUUGGACAGAGUUGACCAAUUGCGUUCCCUACCGUAUGGACACCCGUGAGCCUUCCAAGACACCAUCUGUUCCCAGUAGGAACUACUACUAUAUCACCAUCCUGCGGGACCCGGUAUGGCGCUACCUGAGCGAGUGGCGUCAUGUGCAGCGUGGAGCCACCUGGAAGGCAUCCCUGCACCGGUGUGACGGCCAUGCGCCCACACACACCGAGCUGCCCAGCUGCUACUCUGGGGAUGACUGGUCCGGCUGCUCCCUACAGGAGUUCAUGGACUGUCCCUAUAAUCUGGCCAGCAACCGGCAGACACGCAUGCUGGCCGACCUCAGCCUAGUGGGCUGUUACAAUGUCUCGGCCAUGAACGCGGACGAACGGUGGGCGGUGCUGUUGCAGAGCGCCAAACGAAACCUGCUGGACAUGGCCUUCUUCGGGCUGACCGAGUACCAGCGCAAGACCCAGUACCUGUUUGAGCGUACGUUCCGCCUGGCGUUCAUAGCGCCUUUCACCCAGCUGAACGGCACGAGGGCAGCCAGCGUGGAGGUUCCCACUGAGACGCAGCACCGCAUCCGCCAGCUGAACCAGUGGGACGUGGAGCUGUACGAGUACGCCCGUGACCUCUUCCUCCAGCGCUUCCAGGUAGCCAGGCAGCAGGAGCGCAGGCAGGCCAGGGAGAGGAGGCAGCAGGAAAGGAGGUGGCUCAGAGGGAAGCUGGCAACCAGGCGGGGGAGGCCGGAGACGCCCAGCGAGAGACCCGGGUGGCCUGAGGCCCGGCUCGGCCAGAGCUCCUUUUUAACCACCCCUGACGUUAGACACAAAGGAGGGGCUGAUGGAGGGGAGGUGGACACCGAGGUGCAGCUGCCAGACUGGUGGGACUUGGAGGAGAACAGCACCAUGGAAGACUACUUGGACAAUGUAGAACAGUGGUAGUGAUGGGACCAAGCUGGAGAGACUGGGGUUUAACUUUGCUGAGUUUGCCAGGUUUGCCUUCAUCCAACCGGAUUCAAAUGGUAACAGUGCAUGCAUCUUUUAACAAACAACCAGAUCUUUAGUUCAUUUGUGGCCAAUGCAAUACUACUGUAUGUUUAUACUGUACUAGUUCUCGAUUGUAAUUUGUGUAUUUAACACAUUUUUGUGUUCAGUACAUUUCUUAUGAAGUAAACCAAGGAGUAGUCCUUGCCAAUCCAAUGCAGACCACAAUCACCCAGGCCUUCUCGGAUGUUUGUUUAAUUACACCCCUUGCACUGAACAGUAUUUCAAAUAUCGUGGGGGGAGGGGGCGAGAUACAUGCCAAUCUUUUGUAUAUCUGUACAUGUGAAAGUUGUUAAUAAAUAUGUUAAUAAAUUCUGAAUUUAUGGCAACAAAGCUUUCAGAUAUGUCACAUGUAUGUUACAAGAAAAAGGCUUGAAGCAAGGAAUUGGACUAGUAAUCAGAAGGUUGCUGGUUUGAUUCCCAGCUGUGCCAAAUAACGCUGUGUCCUUGGGCAAGGCACUUCACCCUACUUGCCUCGGGGGAAUGUCCCUGUACUUACUGUAAGUCGCUUUGGAUAAGAGCGUCUGCUAAAUUACUAAA